AUGUCCUCUCCUAGUGCCGGUAAGCGUCGGAUGGACACCGAUCUGCUCAAACUGUAAGUGCCUGAUAAUUAAAUUAAAUUGGGGGCAAGCUUAAUAUAAGUGAUUAUGAAAAGUAUUUCUAAAACUUUUUUCAAACAGAUGAGGCAAUGUAUCAAUGUAAGAUACUUGAUGUUCGGCCUGAAAUCUUAGCGUUUAUUUAAUCUAAUGAAUUUAGCCUUCGAGAAGGCUAUUUGGUCGAAGAAACAAUUGGAAAAACAGCUGAUGAUUUUCAUACGGAAUAAAGAAAAGGGGGUAUCACAAAAAUGUGAUAAGCGAAGAGUGAGACAUUGGGUCUGAAAAAAACUAACUUCUCCGUCUAAAUCUAAAGUCCUUUCGAAAUGCACUAUUAAAUCGCGGUAAUCCGUCGCUCCAAACAAGGAUAGCGUCAUGGGGAAAAGGGGGAUUCAUGUAUUUUAGAGGAUUGCUAAUGGUUUGGGAAAUGAUUUAUGCGAUUGGCAGAUUUAUACAGUAAAGAAGCUUGUUUUUCAUAGCAAUAGUGUUAUUAUUAUUUAAAAGUGACACGAACUCUCACAAAUUUUCCGACCAUGUCUCGGGCAAAAAUAGUUGUUACUACAGAACAUGUCAUGAGGGUUGCAGGUUGGAUGAAUUUUAAAAAAUAAAUGCAAAACAAUUUCAGGAUAACAGAAUUACAAAAAACGUCAAAAUUUAAUGUUUUUAGGAUUGAAGCGAAGCACGAAGUUCUGGUUACUGGCUCCGUCAAUGAAUUUUCAGUCAAAUUCCAUGGUCCAAAAGGAAGUGAGUGUCGGUUUUGUGAUCCUUGAUGUCAUGUUUCAGCUGCCUACGAAGGAGGUGUAUGGAGAGUUCGAGUGGAUCUCCCCGACAAAUACCCAUUCAAGUCUCCGUCGAUCGGCUUUAUGAACCGCAUCUUCCAUCCGAACAUCGAUGAGAGCAGUGGGACCGUCUGUUUGGAUGUGAUCAACCAAGCCUGGACUGCCCUCUAUGAUCUCGCCAACAUCUUCGAAUCAUUCCUACCUCAACUUCUCACUUACCCCAACCCUCAGGAUCCUUUGAACAGCGAGGCUGCCAAAUUGUAUUUGCAUAAGCCCGAUGAGUUCAAAGAGAUUUGUUCAGGUAAGUACAAGUCAUUUAAAGGUUUAAGCUGGUUUCAGAAUAUGUAAGGAAGUAUGCGAACGAAGAUGCAUUAGCCGCGGUUCUGAAGGAAGACUCAGAGAUGAGUGACGAUGGGCAUGAUUCCGAUUCCACGAUCUCGGAUUAUUCAGAAGGUAAGGAUGUGAUGAUGACUAUAUGCAGAAUGUAGACUAAAGGUGUAAACCAUUGUGUUGGAUUUUGAGAAAGUUAAUAUUGCCACGUCAACAUUCUGUAUUAGCUAUUUGCUGGUCCUUAGAGAACUAUUUAUCCUUUUCAGAUGAAACCUAUGGAAUGGAGAUCUAG